AGAAAACAACUCAAAACCCUCCCCUGUGGAACAGAACAAGAGGGGUAGAGGGGGUGUGUGUGUGUGUGUGUGUGUGUGUCUGUUGCUAAAUUUAUCUUGUCAAUCGAGUCGCUCGGACGGUCGGUCAAUCGGUCAAUCAAUCAAUCAGUUGAUCAAUCUGUCAAUCGGUCAAUCGGUUGCGAUGACGCAGAUGCGAACACAAUCGGUUCCAGGGGGGGAACAAUCACAAGCACAGGUACAAGCACAGGCCCUUCCUGAUUCUGAUGCUGAUGUCUCUGUCUCUGUCUCUGCCCUGACAUCCACAUCCACAUCCACAACCAACCGCACCCCCACCCCCAUCUCCAUCCCCUCCCAACCCCAGAAACCAACCCCCUCUGCAUUCCCCACCCUCCAAAAAACCAUAACCAAGAUAAAAACCCACGCGACCCUCCCCCACGCGCGCCGAAAAAUCUAUCUAGCCCUGCUCUCCGUCCCCCGCGGCCGAUGGACCACCUACGCCGCGCUGGCAAAGCACCUCGGCACCAGUCCGCGGGCCAUUGGGGCCGCCAUGCGCAUGAAUCCGUUUGCGCCCGAGGUGCCGUGUCAUCGGGUGCUGGGGGGCGGGGGGAAGUUGCUCGUGGGGUAUUCUGGGACUGGUGGUGGGAGUGGGAGUGGGAGUGGGACUGGAGGGGGGAAGAGUGUGGGUGCGAGGGAGGGGAGGGGCGUGAAGAGGGAGAUGUUGGAGGAGGAGGGAGUGGUUUUCAGUGAGGAGGGGUGGGCGAGGGGGGUUUGUUUUGAGGGGUUUGGAGAUUUGAAGAAGUGAUUUUGGGUAAUAUGUUUUGGGGAUGGGUUUUGGGAGAUUGAAAUGUACGAUGGAGUGGUAUGAGGGUGUGUUGUGCUAUGGGAUGUGAUUUGUUUCUUUGUAGAGACGGGGGGGUGUUCUUGG